GCCCUGCGGCAGCAGCUCACCGACAAGGUUGGCCUGCCCCUGCCGUGGCAUAGGAUGAGACUCAAGAAAUUCUUCCAGGGAUUCUUGCAGGAUGGCGUGCCGCUCUUGGAGCAGGGCCUGUACCAUGGGGCUCAACUGGACCUGUCACCCACAUUGAGAGGAGGAGGAGGCGAUGGUGGCUCCACUGGUGCAGAGUCCAGGGACUGCUACCUGGAGAUGUACAAGACGAAAAAGGCAGACAAAGUCGAUCCUAGUGAGGAGAAUUUCGCACGUUGGAGCUGCUGCCAGCUGUCUGGAGAACCCCUAGGGGCCCCGUGCGUGUGCGAUGAGCUUGGCACCCUCUUCAACAAAGAGGCCAUACUGAAGGGGCUGGUGCACAAGUCACUGCCACCAUCGUUGGGUCACAUCACCAGCCUGAAGCACCUCGUGGACCUAAAGUUGACAGCUAACCCAACCAGGAAAACUGUUGCAACAAAUGGUGAGAACUACACUGCCAGCAAAGAGCCAUUGUUUCAGUGCCCUGUGACCGGACUUGGCUUCACAGGCAAGUUUGGCUUUUCAGCACUUCGCAAGACUGGGCAUGUUGUGAGCCAGAAAGCGCUGAAGGAGUUCCCACAGGUUGUGGAGGACUUGGUGGGUGAGAAAUGGGAAGCCGAGGACGUCAUCCCAAUCAAUGGGACAGAAGAAGAAGUGGAUGUUUUGAGGGAGAGGAUGAUCAAGAGGCGACAGGCUGCUAAGGGAAAGAAGGGAAGGAAGCGGAGUCGCCCGGGGGAGGACCAGCAACCACAGAACAACAGCGCAGGGCCAAAGAAAGUGAAGGCCACCGAUUUCACUCCUGCGAACGCCUCGAAGCAUGUCUAUGCGUCUAUCUUCAGUUCCAGCCGACCAGAAGACCGCGAGACGUACAUGUGCCGAAGCACAGGCGCCAGGGGCGUCAAUUUGACGUGA